AUGGAGCGCAUGGACUUACCUCCAGUUACUGACGAUUGGGGCGUUCAAGCUUUCACCCAAGGGCUCAACUCGAGGAGCUCGAUCACAUCUAUUGAGCUAAAACAAAACCUGAUAGAAUACCCGGCGAUCGCCUGGGCUGAUGUACACAACAGGUAUCAGUCGAAGAUCAGGGUCGAAGAUGAUAAGAUUCCGAAGGCUGCUUCAGUAUCAUGGCAUUCCGAUAAAGGGAGUGAUCGCUCGAGGAGAGUGAUAGAUCGAGAUUCCAGAUCGUCAUAUGACAGAAAUGUUGUCGAUAGAGCUCCGGGAAACAGAGAAACUCCAAGGUUAUCCGAGUACAACUUUUGCGUCGAUGUAGCAACCAUAACGGCGACCGUUAUCCGAAACAAAGAAACAAGACAUCCUAGGCCAAUCCAAUCCGACCCGGAGAAGCGGGAUAAAAGUCUUAUUUGUAAGUAUCAUCAUACUCACGACCAUCAAACCGAGGAUUGUCGACAACUAAGAGAAGAGGUCGCCAGUCUGUUCAAUUGGGGACAUCUUCGAGAAUUCCUAAGUGAACGAGCAAAAACCCAUUUUAAAAACCUGGACUCAAACAAGCAGGAUAGGCCAGAAGAGCCUCAGCAUGUGAUGCAUAUGAUUAUGAGAGGAACUGAUGUUCCCAUUAGGCUGGUAAUAAAGCGCACAAAAAUUUCCAUAACGAGGGAGAAGCGUAUCCGGAACGAUGACCCCGAUGGCCCCAUCACAUUCAAUGACGAGGACAUGGAAGGCAUCGCCCAGCCGCAUAAUGAUGCACUAGUAAUAUCUGUCCUUGUCAAUAAGUUUAGAAUUAAACGUGUGAUGAUUGAUCCAGGUAGCUCGGCUAAUAUCAUCCGAUGGAGAGUCAUCGAACAGCUGGGACUACUAGAUCAGAUCGUACCGACAAUACGGGUCCUCAACAGAUUCAACAUGGCAUGCGAAACGACGAAGGGUGAGAUCACUUUACCGAUCAGUAUAGCAGGAACUACGCAGCAGACCAAAUUUUAUGUGAUAGAGGGAGACAUAGGAUACAAUGAGUUGCUGGGCAGACCGUGGAUUCACCUCGUAAGAGCGGUUCCCUCGACUAUGCAUCAGGUAUUGAAAUUCUCGAUUCCAGAAGGUAUCAAAACCGUCCGUGGUGAACAGCAAGCCGCAAAAGAAAUUUUCGCUGUUGAAGAAUCUGUUAAGACUAUAAAGGCGCCAAAUCGGAGCGAAGGGAAGAAUGCCAAAUAG